AUGUAUGUAUUACCGGCGGACCCGCCGGUGAUGUUGUAUUACCGGCGGAGACCCGCCGGUAAUACUAAUAUACAUAUUCGCCCGCCCCAUUUGUCUCCCACACCCCGUUUUCUCUCCCUCAUCCUCCUAGACGCACCAUUCCCCCAUUUGAUUACUACUGUUAUUGGGUUUGGUAUGAGCGCAACAUUUAUUGUCUUUGUUUGCACAAGAAUUAUUUGUGGAAGACUACGGAGGAACGAAUCCCGGCCUAUGUUCGAGAUUGAAUCCAGGAUUGAUCUUGAACAACCAGAGCACCAGGCUAGUGGCCUUGAACCUGUUUUGGUUGCUGCAAUUCCUACUAUGAAAUUCAACCAUGAGGCCUUCAGUUCUAUAGAAGACACACAUUAGUUUGCUCAAUACAAUCUUUCCUGGCACUUAGCAGAACCACAAGAGUAAUUCUUUGUUGCUUUAUACAACCAG